AUGUGUGGACUGUGCUGCUUCUGCGUCUCGACCUCGACACUCGGCGUUGUGGAGAGCUGCGGCAAGUUCAGCCACCUUGCGGACCCCGGCUGCCGGUGCCUCAUACCGUGCGUGGAGACUGUGCGGGGCGUCGUGCCGCUAAAGCUGCAGUGCGCCUCCGUCAAGGUGGAGACCAAGACAAAGGAUAACGCACUGGUUGUUAUCACGGCGUGUCUGCAUUACCGUGUCCUGCCGGACCGCGCUGCAGACGCCUUCUACCGCUUGUCGAACCCACGCGAGCAGAUCGGCAGCUUCACCGCCAACGUGAUCCGUGGCGAGGUGCCCAAGUACACACUUGAUGAGACGUUCGUCAUGUCACGCAACAUCAAGCAGGCGGUGGAGGAGGAGCUGAAGGAGCGUCUCAGUCAGUACGGCUUCACCCUCGAGGCAACACUCGUGACACAGAUUGAACCGACGCACGACUUGCAGACGGCGAUUGCACAGACGCAGCUCAACGCUUACCGCCGCACCGCCGCCGAGCACAAGGCGGAGCUUGAUAAGAUCGUGCAGAUCAAAGCGUCUGAGGCAGACUUCGAGGAGAAGCGGCUCGCCGGUGUUGGCCUUGCGGAAGAGCGGCGCGCCAUCAUGGAGGGGCUGCAGAGCAGCAUCGAGUCCUUCGUUGACGGCGUGCCGGGGGUUGGGGCGCGCGACGUGAUGAACCUGCUGCUGAUGAACCAGUACUUCGACGCGCUGAAAGACGUUGGCAGCUCGCCCAAGAAUCAGGUGGUGCUGCUGCCGCCGGGGGGAAGCCACCCGAUGCUGACGGAGAUGCUGGCCGCACAGCAGACUAGUAAGUUUAUGCGCUGA